ACACGUUAGCACGUUUUUCGGUUUAUAUAUUAUCAGUUGGAUAAAAAUAUAUUUUGGGAUUCAAGUAGGAAGGUUAAUAGUUUGUUUUGUUUAACGACACCACUAGAGCACACUGAUUUAUUACUGGCUGUUCGAUGUCAAACAUUUGGUAAUUUGACAUACAGUCUUAGAGAGGAAACUCAUUACAUCUUUCCAUUAGUAGAUAUAUUUUUUUAUAAUAUACACCAUCCCAUAGAUAGGAUAGUAUAUACUACGGCUGUUGAUAUAUUAUGGGCUCAAGUAGGAGAGAAGCACAAGUUCGCCCCCUCCCCUCCAGGUUCUUAUGGUCUGUCCUAACUAAUAAUACAUAUUUAUAUGUACUCAGAAGAAAAGUAAUAACUCGAAUGUCCUGUAGCUCCGUUCUGUGUGUGUAUAUAAGAGAAUAUCCUCACAGUGUAAACAAACUAGGGCUAGAAGACACCCUAGAUAGAAAGGUAAUACAGCUUUAAUGUAUGGGUCGUGUCGUACAACACACAUAUAUAGAUAUUAACAUACUACUGAAUAAUGAAUGACCGACAGUGAUCACAAACUAGAUAUGGGAUACAGACUGAACUGUUCAACGUGUCUCUCCAUUGACAGGUGUAUAUAUACUGAUCGUUAACAAAACUAGUCACGUGACCCAUACUCCAGGUAACCGGUAAAUAGUGAUAAGCAAUUCUUGCAUAUAGCGUUCCGGUGAAUUAAUUACUAUAGGGAUGACACGUGCGAGUUUAAUUUAAUAUAUCUGUGUUGUUGUUGUUGUUCUCGUUUUAAAGCAAGCAAAGAAACACUCAAAUUAAAAGCCAUGGAGAAACUUAUGCAGUUAAAAAAUCCCGAGUAUGUUCGGAAAUUCCAAGGAAUGUGUGGUGUUCUGAUUAAACAAAAUAACAACUGUGGUUCAUCAACGAAAAACACAAGAUACGGGCACCGCCAUGAAGAAAGUAGGAGAAAACGAAACCGAAACUGUCCAUAUCAAAAUGAAAACAACAGCGGCAAAACGGACGUGGGUACAAACGAAUGUAACGGUGACAGUUUCGGAGACGAUGCCGAUGAUGGACAUUCCUCGACCAAGAACGACAACUCUCCCGUGGCGUACGAAAUCAAAUACAAACUGCCGUAUUAUCUCGCGCAAAUUGGCGCCUUUCUCGGUGACGAGAUAUUCUACUUCGUAUUCUACUCGUAUUUGGCCUGGAACCUGGAUAUGGUGGUCGCACGGCACACUGCCAUGGUGUGGAGCGUUGUUAUGUAUCUAGGUCAGCGCACGAAGGAUUACCUGCAGUGGCCCCGCCCACCAGCCCCACCCGUCAUUCAUCUCGAGGCCUGCCAUUUGCAUGAGUCCUCGAUGCCGUCAACCCAUGCCAUGGCUGGAACGGCAAUGCCAAUUGUACUGGCAGUCACCAUAUCUUCCAGAUACGAGUGUUCGUAUCUGCUGGUCGGCUCCGUGGCGGUUCUAUGGUGUGCGCUGGUUUGUCUAAGUCGUCUCUACCUCGGAGUUCACACGAUUCUGGAUGUUCUGUGUGGCUUCAUCUCCUCCAUUGUGAUCUGUGCGGUGAUGAUCCCGUGCCUGCCGAACCUCGACUACUACCAGCAGCACCACGCCUUCGCCCCGCUCGUCAUCCUGAUUGCAGGCAUCUCGCUGUGCACCAUCUGCUACCCGACCACCGAGAAACACGGCGCCAAGGCGAAGGCAGUUGAGAUUGUCAGCGUCACCACGGGGAUUUGCGUUGGCCUGUGGAUCAACUACCAGCUGGGCUUCGUCACGGAGCCACACGAACCCAUGCCAUACCAGAUAACCGCCCCCACGCUCAAAUGGACCGCGCUGACAUUGUGUAGAUUUGUGUGUGGUUCGGCCGUGCUCGGUGUCGGGUACAUCUUGGUGAAGACGCUGUCCGUGAGGUUUUUCUCGAUGUAUUUUGGAUUGGACAAGGUGGAUGAGAGGCAUCCCAGUGUGAGGAUGGCGCACAAGUUUGUUACGUAUUUCGUGAUCGGUUUCAUGACUACCUGUGGAGCGCCGAUGUUCGUUUUUAAAGCAUUGGGGAUUGAAAGAAUAAGUGCAUUUUAUGAAUGUUAUUAAGAGUAUUAUAUAUCUGCCUAAUAAACAUUACGGUCCACAUUUAUGAAGCCUGUUUUUCUUAAACGCAGGUCUUUAAACAUUGUAAAUGUAUGUACUUACACAUGUGUAAGACAUAAACAGGUCUUUAAACAUUGUAAAUGUAUGUACUUACACAUGUGUAAGACAUAAACAGGCUUUGUAAAUUCGGCCCUAUAUCGUUAGUGGGAACUGCCUAAACAUUGUCAUAAAGCUACGUUUCCAAAUGUAUGGGGGUUUUUCCUGUACGUUUUUUCCCGUGAAUCUGUGAACUUUGUGUGAUCUGAUAAAUGUGAAUUUGAAAUCGCUUUUUGAGUGAUUUGUCACAGAUUCACGGAUCAUAGAAGCACGGAACCCCACAACAAAUGACGUCAUAUGGAAGAAAGCCUCAUCAUAUGGGCCAGAAAUCUAAACUGACCGAUGUUCUUACCAUGUCCUGUCGAAAUUAACUCCUGUCAUCAUAUGCCUUCAAGGAUGGUUAUACGCACACGGAUAUGUAAGCAAUCGGCGCACACACAGAUUUGCGAUUUCACGCAAUACGUACAUGUGGAAAAGUACAUGUGGAAACGUAGCUUUAGUGGUAUGAGACUAACGGUGAGCAAAGAUAAGACAGAAACGUCCUCAUAUACAAUGGUGCUUGAGGUUCACUAUACAUUUGAAAGCUUUUUUAGCCGCCACUGUUGCUAAGAGACAACAUGUCUGUAUUUACAAUUUUCCUAAAUGAUCGAAUGUGGUGUUAACUGGCCUAUAUUAAGAAGUCACCCAGGCCUUGACUGUAAGUUUUUUCAGUGGUAGCCCACCAGGCUACCAGGUUAUAAAAUCUAGUAGCCCUCAGUAAAAAUGGGUAGCCCCAUAAAAUUAAAAAGAGAAAAAAGCCAAAUAAUUUAUUUGUUGUUUUAGGGUGGUUGUUUUUAAAAUUGUGAGCAAUGACACCUCUUUUUAUAUGCAACAUUACUGACAGGUUGUAUAUUUGUCUGUAUGUCCAUCUGUAAACGUUUCAUGUCCGGAAUAUAUCUUUCUUAUCAAUUCACAUAGGAUGAUCAAAUCUUGUACACAAGUACAACUUGGGAUGGUGCUGUGUCACAUAUCAUAACUAGGUCACUGCGACCUACUUUUCACGCAUCACUGCAUAUUAAAGGAAAUCCUUGUCUAGUCCAUAUCUUCCUUAUCAAUUCGUAAUGCAUUCAAUAAUUUGUGUGCUUCUCCAUCAAACUCUGUAUCAUGUACCACACUAAUACUCUUGUUUUUAGUAAUUAUCCCAAAUAAUCAACAUAGUGCAAAUUAGUUGCAUAAAGGAAACAUCUUUAGAAAGCACUGUCAAAAGCUACCUUAGAGGGAUAUUAUGUUGGAAACUAAGGACUCCAUAAGUAAUUUCCCAGUAAGGAACAUUUGAUCAUAAAUAGUAGCCAGUGCAAACACUAAUUUCUUUUUGACCACCUGAUCUAAUCUAGCGACCAAAUUUAAUGAGUAGAAUUUUCUUUAUUAAUUAUAUUAAUUAGAGAUGCGCAUCAAAAUUUUAAAGGCCCACUAUUUAAUUUUUGGA